CAUUGUUUUUCCCUUUUCAAAUUCCCGAAACCCUAGAGCAAACUCGCCGCUUCUCAGAUGAAAUCCAUUUUCCGCACCAUUUCCAUCCGCCGUCAAACCGGCCGUCGAACCUUCGCCGAUACGGCGGAAGAUGCCUACAAAUUCGUGAGAGACAGAGGCCUCGACCACGCGGUGGAGAGAGAGAAGAAUCUCAGGCCGCUUCUCAGCAUCAAGGACCUAAUCAGAUCGGAACCUUCCAAAUCAGUUCCGAUCUCGGUUAUCACAACCCAGAAAGACUCCCUUCGAGUUCCCCUCCGUCCAAUCGAGUUCAUCCGGAGCUUCCCUUCCGUUUUUCAGGAGUUUCUUCCCGGAGGAAUCGGCAUCCAUCCUCACAUCAGCCUCACGCCGGAGAUUCUCAACCUCGACGCAGAAGAGCAAUUGGUUUACGGAAGUGAGUCUUACAAGCAGGGAUUAGCUGAUAGGCUAUUGAAACUGCUUAUGAUAAACAGGAUCAGCAAAAUUCCUUUAGAGAUUCUCGAUUUGUUGAAAUGGGAUUUAGGUUUGCCUCAGGACUACGUUGAAUCCAUGGUGCCUGAGUUCCCUGACUAUUUUAGAGUAAUCAAAUCCAAGUUUCGCGGAUGUAUUGGCGAAUUAGAACUGGUUUGCUGGAGCAACGAGCAUUCUGUAUCUGUGUUGGAGAAGAAAGCUAGAGCAGUAGGGAAAGGAGAGUUUUCUAAAGGAUCUCCUAUUGCUUUUCCUGUCAAAUUCUCAAACGGUUUUGUUGUUGACAAGAAGAUGAAGAAAUGGCUCGAUGAAUGGCAGAAACUGCCGUAUAUUUCUCCGUAUGAGAACGCGCUUCAUCUCUCGGCGACCAGCGAUGAGUCUGACAAAUGGGCAGCUGCUGUUUUGCAUGAAAUCUUGAACCUUUUUGUGUCGAAGAAGGCUGAGAAAGAUGCGAUUCUGCAUCUUGGUGAGUUUAUGGGGUUGAGAUCGAGGUUUAAGAGAGUUCUCCAUAACCAUCCCGGUAUCUUUUACUUGUCAAGUAAGCUUAGGACUCACACUGUGGUCCUUAGAGAUGCUUACAAGAGGGGAAUGUUGGUAGAGAGCAAUCAGUUGGUGACAAGCCGUAAUCGUUACAUGAAACUCAUGAGUAAGGCUAAGAAAGAAAACAAUGCAGUGUCUAGCAGAAAGAGGGAAGACAAGGGGAAGGUAGAAGGAGAAGUCUGUGACACUGAUGCGAUAGCUGAGAAUGAUGACAUUUCUGGUUCUGAAGUCGAGGAUGAGCGUGAAGAAGAUGUUAUUGAGGACGACGAGGACGAUGAAGAUGAUGAUGAUCAAGUGGAUCAAAACCAGAGUCUGAACCGUGGUCGUAGAAACUCAAGUCCAAGAGCUGGUAGGAGGAGUUUUGGGAAAUCAGGGUCACAGGAGAAGCCACAUUCAAGUCCAAGAGCAGGUAGGAGGAGUUUUGGAAAAUCAGGUUCACUGGACAAGCCACGGUCAGGACGCAACAAGGUCAACUUAACGACAGAGAAGAGGAGUCAGAUGUCUUAAAGACUGAAUUAAUCUUUAACUGCGGCUGCAUUUUCAGCUGAGCUUCUUGAGAUGUAUCCUCUUGAGAUAUAAUUCUGUACAUGGCGACAUGGACAAGUUCAGAAGAGUUAUGACGAGAUGUGAAACAGAACAGAGAAAGGAACCUGCAUCAAUUGAAGAUUAGACAGCAUAUCACAAUGUCAGAAGUAAGACGAGAUUUGAGUUUCUUGCUCAUGACAAUUGGGUUACGACAACUAGAAAUUUAAACCGAGUCGUUAUUGAUAGGGUAUUUAUAAGUCGAAACUUGAA